AUGACCGUGACGCUCGAGGAUGUCUCGUUGAUCACCGGUCUUGCUAUUGACGGGAUGCCUCUCUAUAUGAGCACCGAUUCUGAUGGGUGGCGCGAGCAGAUGAUUGCUCUUAUCGGUAUGGCUCCUACUGAGGCUGAAGCUGAUGUAGAGGAGGGAGAAGAGAAGAAGAAGAGGGAAAGGAAAGCAGCCGGAGCUACUUUCACGUGGAUUCAAACUCACUUUGCGACGUGCCCUCCGGAUGCCACUGAUGAUGUGAUCCAGACACAUGCUCGUGUCUACAUGUGGUAUGUUGUGUCGAGGACUUUGUUUCCUGACUCCACUGGCAAGAACGCUCCAUGGAUGUGGCUGAAGGCGUUGACCGUCUUCGAUAGCAAAUGGAGCUGGGGUUCAGCGACUCUUGCCUACUUGUAUCGACAGCUGGACGAUGCGUGUUGCAGGAUCACAGAUAGUGCAGGCAUUGGUGGUAAUAUGCUUCUACUUUCUGUAUGGAGCUGGGAGCGUCUGCCUGUUGGACGCCCGAAGAGCGUCAGGUUUAAUCCUUGGUAUGAAGAUGAACAUGACGAAUUACGGCGCCCCACUUGGGCUUACAAGUGGGAUGUGGUUUCCGAGAUGACGAACGAUGUCAAUCUCAUGUACCAGAAGUACGUUGCCGAGUUGGACACGAUUACGCCUGAGCAGGUGGAAUGGCAGCCAUAUGGCGCCGAUGACAGACUUGGGUACACCCCGGAGUUUAGCAUCAACCCGAUGUGCUUGCGGGAUAGGGAUCUCUGGCUUAUGCGGUGCCCACUGAUAUGCAACUGGGCUGUUGAGUUUCAUUUGCCACAUCGCGUGUUUCGUCAGUUUGGUCUGUUCCAGCCUCACCCGCCGGAAUGGGUGGAUACGGACAAAGCACUUCAUAGGUUGGACAGGAGAAGGCAGCGGAAGAUAAAGGACUGGGACAAGCAUCAUGCUUCAUAUGUUACCCGCUUCCAGCUUUGCGUGGAGCAAGCUCGUAGCAGUGCACGCGCCCAGCUUCGUGAGCAUAACCCAAUUGCUUUUGAUAACUACAUACGAUGGCUUCUUGAAAAUACUUGA